UUUAGCGAAAAGGCCAUGAAACAUGUGAAAACGCUUAGGAUAUUAUACAUCAAUGGUUUUCAUACACAUGAUGGCUCCAAUGAUCAGUACCUUCCCAGCAAGUUGUGUUGGUUUGACUGUUGUAAAUAUCCUUGGAAAUCAUUGCCAGAAAAUUUUGAUCCUAGAAAGCUUGUUCAUCUUGAUCUCCAGCAGAGUUCACUGCAGAGUUCAUGGGCUACAACAAAGAGAUUUCCUUUUCUACGGAGGCUAGAACUCAGCGGCUGUGAAAACCUCACGCGGACACCAGAUUUCAAGGAUAUGGAAAAUUUAGAGUAUUUGGGUCUGGAAGAGUGUAGUAAUCUUAAAGAGGUUCACAGUUCCCUGGGAUGUUCCGAAAAACUCAUUGAGUUAAAUUUGAGAGAUUGUAAAAGCCUUGAGAGGUUUGAAUGUGUCAGCGGGGUAUCUCUUGAAUGUCUACAUCUACAAGGUUGCUCUAAUUUAGAGAAAUUUCCGAGGAUCCAGGGAAAAUUGAAGCCGGAGAUAAAGAUUCAAGUGCAACGCUCUGGGAUAAGGAAACUACCAUCAGUUAUUAUUAAGCACCUAUCUAGUCUUACAGAGCUAGAUUUGAGUGGCAUGAAAAACCUUGCAGAACUUAAAAGCAGCAUUGGCAAGUUGAAACAUUUGGUGAUGCUAAAAGUGUCCUACUGCUCAAAACUCAGUAGCUUGCCAGAAAAGAUAGGUGAUUUAGAAAACUUGGAGAUACUUGAUGCCAGAUAUACUCUAAUCUCACAACCUCCGUCUUCCAUCGUCCGCUUGAACAGGCUUAAAUUAUUGACUUUUGCAAAACAAAAAUCAGAAGUAGGCCUUGAAGAUGGAGUGCACUUUGUCUUCCCUCCGGUGGAUAGAGGGCUACACUCAUUGAAAUAUCUGGAUCUCAGUUACUGCAAUUUAAUAGGACUUCCGGAAGACAUUGGCUCCUUAUCCUCUUUGAAAAAGUUGAAUCUCAGGGGAAAUAAUUUUGAGCAAUUGCCUCCAAGCAUGGCCCGACUUGAUUCUCUUCAGUUCUUGAAUUUAUUAGAUUGCCAGAGUCUUAUACAGCUGCCAAAAUUACCACGGUUAGACACAAUAGUUUUACACAAGUUAUCGAACUUAUGAAUAUAUUUUCUUUGUGAUUUUGUGGUUAGUCUUUGAAUCUUAUACGCCGAUGGGAGCAAUGAUUCGAUCUAUAAUUAGUUGUUUCAUAAUCUCAUCAUCAGUGGCGGACCCAAGAUUUUUGCUCAGGAGGUUCGAAGUAUAAAGAAGAAGUUAAGGUGGUAAUGUAAGUGUGCGGUGAGCGUAGUAGUCCCUCGGCAUGCUCUUUGUACAAGAACCAUAUAGAUAUUUCAUUGGUUUAUAAAAGUAAA